AUGGCUCUUCAUCACGGCCGCUCUCUUAGUUUCCCAUCUUCAUCCCAUCCUGCUGUUUCACAGUUCAAUGACAACUUAUCCAGAUUGAGGUCAUCAGAAGCUACUUGUUCAUCGCUCUCAUCAUUCAAUGGAAAAAUAAAUGGCCUGAGAAACUUGGAUGAGAGCAUUGACGAUUUGCUUCUUUUGUCUCACAUUCAACAGAUUGUUUCGGAGGAAUGUGUGGAUGAUUACAUUAAGCUAUUGGAUGCUUGCAGUUCAGUUACAGAUGUCGUCUCUUUUGCAAAGGAAGAUUUUAGAGAUCUUCUGUCUUCAAUAAGGAGAAAGGAUGUUCAAGGCAUCAAUGCCUACCUUGCUUCCCGAAAUAAGUCGAAGAAAAUGAUACAAGAUGCAGAGUCUGUUGCCAUUUCCACGCUCGAGUCUCUGUUGUCCUACGUGUUGGGAACCAAGGUGCACGAAAGCAAGAGAUCCUUGCUGUCAAAGCUGAUGCAUUCAAAGAAAGUAUCCGCUGACAAAAAUGAGUUCAACAAGGUGGAAUCAUUCUUGCAACUGAACCAAGAAAGCGAGCUCGUGAAUCACAUAAAAGAGAUGGAUUCAGACAUUCAAGUUGUUAAAGAAGAUCUCGAAUCAAUCUUCAGGCAGUUGAUCAAAACCAGAGUUUCCCUUCUCAACAUUCUCAACAAUUAG